UUCUUUUAUUGCAAUGGAAAAUAAUGAUCGAUUUUUCGACGAUUUUCUAACGUUAUCUCUGUUUCCGCCAUUGUCAGAAGACAAUGUUAUUGAUGCUGAACCAAUUCGCUAUCAUCAAUCGUCUUCUAGUAGUACUACUCUUCCAUCAUCGGCGGCAGCGUCAAGUAGUACUACUUAUGAUUUCUCUUCCAUAGAUGGCGGCAAAGACGAUCCUAAUUCACCUUUUUUGACUCUCUUUACCGGAGUUUCUAAAAACUUUGCUGCUUCGAAACCAAUUGUAAACACUACUCCUCCGUCAUCAACUGAUCUCUGUCUUUCUCUAUCAUCUUCGACUGCCCAAUCUUCCAUUGAUAGUCAACAUUCAUCAAGUCGGGAGGUCAAUGCAUUGGGUAACUCUGCUCCUAAAAGAUCACUGGGGGAACAGAAAUUCAUCCCCCGCAAGAAGACCAAGCUGACAAGCGGAGAGGAAGGUCAUUGGAUAACAAAAAAGCUAACUAGAAGCGAUGUGAAUGGAGCUUCAAGGCUAUUACUAUCUCGACAAGACGUGAAUAAUUACAUAUUACCCUUUAUGAACGAGCAAGAACGGAGCAUGAUUUGCCAACAAUUGUGUGGAGUUGAUGUUACCGUAUUUGAUAUGGAUACACAGACAAGCCAUAUUUUGACUCUAAAAAAAUGGGCAACUAAUAGCUUUCACCUUGUCAAAGCAUGGACAAAGGAUUUUGUCAAAAGGAGGAAUCUCAAAGAAAAUGACGAGAUCUCGAUACGUUGGGAGAAAACCAAUUCAAGAUUUUGCUUUCGAGUUGUCAACUAG